AGGACAUGCAAAUAAUUUACUUUCUAAAAGUAUAUCAGAAUGUAACAAAUUAUAUGAAUUUGAAGGAAUGUAGAGAACUAAAAAUGUCUAAUUAUCUGAAUGUAUUUGAUGGGGAAAAAAAGAAUCGUUGUAUUUCUCUGUUUUUCAGAAGAAUCAAAUUAUGCAGAACGGCGAAUCUUCCACUUUAAUCCAGUUUCUUAAACGGUGGUUUACGGUUCUUAUAAUGGACAUGAAGACUGGCAGGUUUAAGCAUCACCGUAGCAGUUUUGGAAAUGCGGCCGCUCUUGUAAUGUUUCCUCCUGGGCGGCAGGUGGCGCUGGACACCAACGAAACGCUCCACACCAACACAUGGUUUUUGUUUGGCAGAUCACAGCAGAAAGCGUUUAUAGAGAAGAACUAGUGUUCUGUUAUUCAGGGUUUUCUGUACAUGACGUGGCUAACAUGAGCAGCAGCAGCAGUUACCCCACGCCGGUUUACUCCCACGCCGGACGCGGAAGCUUCCAGGACGUGUACGAGCCCGCGGAGGACUCGUUCCUGCUGAUGGACGCGCUGGAGAAAGAUGCAGAGACGCUGCAGCAGAUGAGCCCCUGCGUGUGCGUGGAGGUGGGCAGCGGCUCCGGAGCGGUUUCUGCUUUUCUGGCGUCGGUGGUCGGACCUUCGGCUCUUUACCUCUGCACCGACGUGAAUCCAGCUGCAGCUCAGUGCACAGCCAGAACCGCCUGCUGUAACCGGGUCGCCCUGCAGCCCGUCAUCACAGACCUGGUGCAGAAUCUUUUGCCAAGACUUGGUGGGAAGGUGGACGUCGUCCUCUUCAAUCCUCCAUAUGUGGUCACUCCAUCAGAAGAGGUGGGCAGCAGAGGUGUAGAGGCGGCGUGGGCCGGAGGAGAGCGAGGCAGACGGGUCACCGACAGGUUCCUCCCUCUGGUUCCUCAGCUGCUCUCCAGUAAAGGCCUGUUUUACCUCGUCACCAUCGCCGAGAACAAGCCAGAGGAGAUUAUCGGGUUAAUGAGCCAGUUUGGGCUGGAAGGAGAGACCCGCCUGUCAACCAGAGCUGGGAAUGAGAGGUUGUCGGUCCUGCGUUUCCAUAGAAACCAGCAGAGGUGACAGGAACAAGAGAGCCCACCACCCAGGCUUCAUCAUGGACCUGCAGCUGAGACAGAACCUUCUGAGCAUCAGCCGGACCGACCACCAGAACCGCACCGAGCCCACAGUUGAAGGUUCUGCUCGUCUCCUCCUCACUCAGAGAUCCUUCUUCAUAGAGCCAAGAGAAAACAGCUGGAAUCCUCCACUGGGACGCAUCUGAAAGAAACCACAAUAAGACUUUCUUCCUUCCAUUAAACUCAUUACAAUGA